UGCGAACGUGGACGUCGGUUGGUCAUCCUUCUGAAGAACGGUUGCACGGGUGGUUACGGAUGCGUAGAGGAGUCGGCAAGCGGGCGAUUGCAUGGAGUGCGUCCACGAUUGUGUGGGAGAAGGGGGCGAACUCCGUUGAGGCUAGGGGCGCAGGCGAGCAGGCAGAGCUGUGACAGCUGUCUCAUUGCAUUUCAUCUUAAGGGUACUGUCACCGAGCGGAUCUACUCAGCUACCUGACCUGUCAGAAGAUGUGCUUGACGAUGAGAGGGAGGAAGCACGUUUAACCUUGUAAGGUAUGACAGAUUGCGACGGUGUUUUUUUUACCGAGACUGGCGACUCUCCCGAGCUGUGGGCGCUCGCGAUUGAGGUGCGUGGCAGUCGGCUCGACUUGGCUGAACGGAACGCGACGUGCGGGCGUUGACCGGGGAGGAGUUGACAUCAAGAUCCCUUGACCGGGGAGUUCAGUGCAAGGUUCGUUGACUGAGGGGUCGCGUCGAGGUUCCUUGACUGUGUGGUCGGGUCAAAAAAGAAGGGUCGACUGGGGUGUCGGGUCGAAAAAGAAGGGUCGACUGGGGGGUCGGGUCAAAAAAGAACUGUCGUCGGUCAAGGUUCGUUGACCGGCUCGACUGUAUACGAUGGCCACUGACGUCCCGACGAUCCCGGAGGUAGACUCUAAAGCGGUUCAAUCGGCUGACGUGGCGGAGUAUGCAGCCAGCGAUAUACCUCCGCCGCUGAAGGCGAAGAGCGUUCAAGAGCUCGAAUCCCUUCAGAAGAAGACAACGGAGCGGCCUGCACACGAGGAUGAGAAGGUGUUGACGUCAAUCAGCGACUCCUUGGCGUCCAUCACACAGAAGGAAGGAGGCCCACAUAUUGCAGUGGGCGAACCAGAGAAGGCCAAGAAGGCUGUUAUUCGUGCGCGACCCGUUCUGAGUGACACCGAGCUACGGGUCACGUACGUUUUUCACAAUCUGUCACCGCCAGCGCUUUACGAGCAGGCGAUUGUGCACGAGAAAGCCUCGUUCAUCAUGUCCACGGGGGCUUUAGCGACGCUUUCAGGGGCCAAGACCGGCCGAUCGCCCAAGGACAAGCGUUUGGUUUGUGAGGACUCCACGAAGGACGAUGUGUGGUGGGGAACAGCAUCGCCUAACGCAGAGAUGGACGAGGAGACCUUUCUAAUCAACCGAGAGAGGGCUGUGGACUACCUGAAUGCCCUGGAUAAGGUUUUCGUGAACGAUCAGUUUCUGGGGUGGGAUCCGAAGAACAGAGUGAAAGUGCGAAUUAUUACUGCUAGACCGUACCAUUCACUUUUUAUGUAUAACAUGUGUAUCCGUCCCACAGCGUCGGAGCUGGAGGACUUUGGGGAGCCUGAUUUUACGAUCUACAAUGCUGGACAAUUUCCGUGUAAUAGAUACACGCAUUACAUGACUUCACCGACCAGUGUAGAUAUCCACUUGAAGCGGGGAGAAAUGGUCAUCCUGGGGUCGCAGUAUGCAGGUGAAAUGAAAAAAGGGUGUUUCACCUACAUGAACUACAUGAUGCCGAAGCGGGGCAUUUUGUCCCUCCAUUCGGGCUGCAACAUGGGCAAGGACGGCAAGGUUUCUCUCUUCUUUGGCUUAUCUGGUACGGGUAAGACCACGUUGUCAGCAGACCCGAACAGGUACCUUGUAGGGGAUGAUGAACAUUGCUGGUCUGACGAUGGAAUCUUCAACAUCGAGGGUGGGUGCUACGCCAAGUGCAUUGAUCUCAAUCCAUUGACGGAGCCAGACAUAUGGAAUGCCAUUCGUUUCGGCACCGUGCUGGAGAACGUAGUCUUCGAUGAGACAACGAGGAUCGUCGAUUUCUCGGACAGAUCCGUGACAGAAAAUACAAGGGCGUCCUAUCCGAUAGAGUUUAUAAAAAAUGCGAAGAUCCCUUGUGUGGCACCUCAUCCAACGAACAUCAUUCUUCUGACUUGCGAUGCCUUCGGCGUCCUCCCUCCUGUGAGCAAGCUGACACUGGCACAAACCAUGUACCAUUUCAUCAGCGGCUACACGGCGCUAGUGGCCGGGACGGAGGUCGGAGUCAAGGAACCCAAGGCCACCUUCUCCUCCUGCUUUGGGGCAGCUUUCAUCGUCUGGCAUCCUUUGAAGUAUGCCUCCAUGCUGGCAGAGAAAAUGGAGAAACAUGGUGCAACGGCAUGGCUCGUGAACACCGGAUGGGUGGGUGGAAGCUAUGGUGUUGGAAGCCGAAUGAAGCUGCCACAGACCCGUAAGAUUAUUGAUGCCGUCAAUGACGGGAGCCUGCUCCAUGCCAAGUUCUCCUCUACUCCCAUUUUCAAUCUCCAGGUACCAGAUCACGUGGAAGGAGUCCCUGAUGAAGUGCUGCAGCCCAGGCAAAUGUGGCCAGACAAGGAUGGGUAUGACGCAACGCUGAAGAAGGUGGGAAGGCUUUUUAAGGAGAACUUUGUCGAGUUCCAGGACUACGCGGUGUCUGGCAACGAGGACCUGAUCAAGCAGAUUCUGGCGGCUGGACCACAGGAGGUAUAGCUCUUAAGCUCGUCACUGCUCGUGGACUCAGCAUGAAGUUAGCAGCUCCCGGGCACGAUGUCUGUGGAAAAGGGGAGUUACUGCCGGAGCUGAGUCGUAGGCUUGUAUCCUGCUAGCCUUGUCGGGGAUAAAGUGACCAGCCGUCUGUUUCUAAAGCAGACAUUAAUUGUUGGGUCCUAUUGCUGAGCGGAGGGACGAUUCUGAAGUUGUCGGGCUGUGGAAGACAGGAAACUCUGGAGAGCGAAGCCAUUGUUGCACAGUCGGUGUUUGUAUCGUUCCUCGGCAAUGCCGACCUGCGGGUUAUGGCAGUGUUCAAUUUUCUUGACAGAGCUUGGCUGUGCCGCUGUGAUUCGCUCUCUGCGUUCAAAAAGCUACCGUAGUAAAUUAGAGAUGACAUUGUGUGUCAUGUGGCCGGUCGUGCUAUGCCCUGGUCAGGCUGGGUGCCAUUGUCUCGCUUGGUGGGGCAAUUAUGGAGAAGGAGAUCAUAUGGUAAAACAGUGUACUAACUGACAUAUUACAAAAUAUCGGCGAGGGUUCAAAUCCCUUAAGUUGUAUUAAAUUUCUGAUCCUUACUCAUCAUGUCAUAAUCUGCAGGCGAGUGCUGUGUUCAGUGUGAUGCGUCAGCGUACUUCCUUGCUCCUGUGAUAGAAUUGUUGGGAAAUUUCAAAUUUGGGAUUACUGCCACGUCACCGUGGUGUUAGGAGAAGUGCAGGAAGGGUAUAUGACAAUUCAUAAGAAGAUUCGAGGAAUGGUUUGGUGAGUGACAGGCUGGACUCUAGCUAGCGAGCCUACGGCCUUUUCUUUUUUUGGAGUAUAUUAGAUUGCUUUGGCUUUGCACUACCAUCUUACGAAUGUGGUUAUAAUUAUAGCUGUGUAUAAUUUGUGGCGACCAUAGAUAGUCUAUAUAUUACAGCAAUAAUGACGGUAUGUUGUAUUUGGGUGAAGAUGGUAGUAUGUUGCAGGUCCUCGGCAGAAGGAACAGCAGGACAAUGCAAUCACGUGGAAGGAUGCAGUGGGAAAAUAAUGCAGUCGCUGCAGUGCCAACUCUAUAAGAUCCGGCGACACGUUGCAAUUUGCAGCAACACAGCAGCUGUGGUGAGCACUGAGUUACUGUGGCGUGAAGAAGAUUGAAAGGGCUCUCCACUGGAACCUCGAGACAUAAAAGAGGAUGGAAAAUUAAUGGAGAGGGUGCUAGAUUACUAGUGUAUGAUAUCCUCUCAUGGUGAGAUUUGACAUUUGGUUCAGAGAGGACGCAAUGAGCAAGUCCGAUGGCAUUACUAGAUCACUAGAUGCCUCAUUUCUCGGAUCGAAUUGUGUUUUGCUUUUGUUUCUUUCUUUUUCAAUGCACUUUUUCAGUUCUUUUGUCAGGAUUGGUUGCCACAUAUGUGGCAGCUACAACCGCACCUCAUGUUGAAUGGUCUUCCGGUUCUGCCGUGCUUGUAUUAACUUCUGGUCCGCGAUUGUGCACCCUCGAGUCCCGUGGGUUGGUAGCAUUGGCUUCCACAACUAAAGCUGUAAGCACCAGUACUUCGAAGGAGUUCAGUUUGUUGUGGAACGGUUUGUACUAGUUCUGCGCGGAUUAGUGCUAAAGCCGGUAUUAGUGCUACAGCUGUUCACUCUUGGGAAGCGCCGGUUUCAUUUGGUGCCUGAUUGCACCCUCAAAUCGUGUGGAUUGGUGGAAAUAGUGUUGGGUUCCGAAGCUGGACUGAAUUUUAUGUGUGGUUGUGUGAUUGCUAGGCCAAGCUUGAAUGUCUUCAGGUGUGUUGAUUUUCAAUUUUCCAAGGAAAAUUCAAUCAAUUUGAAAUUUGGAU